CUCUUGAUUUACCACGUGACUUGACUGCGAGGGCUUUUCCCAACAUGGACGAAGUGUUUUCAUGAAAAGAGAAAGGUUGUUCCGUGAAAGAAGCCACUGGGUUAAUGGGUUUUAUAAAGUAAUUGUGUAUCGUAGUAUGACUUAAUUCAUAACGAUAAUCAAAUAUGGAGCAUGAACUGCAUCUGAGGUUAGGUGUGGGUGUCUCAACUUACGACUCAAAUGAUCUCGACAGUGAUGGAGGAGCAUCAUUUAAAUUUGGCAUCCAGACAGUCGAAACACCUUCAGACAAUGAAAGCGAUGCCAGUUCUGAUUAUGGCCCAAAUGAAACUGUUAUUCCAGAUUAUUCAGAUGAAGAAAAGGUUGAUCCUCAGGAAUUAGUUGAUCCAGGAGUUUUCCGAUAUAAUAAACGUGUUGCCGUGGCUGCGUUGCCAUGUAUUCUACUUUUAUUAGCUUUAGGAGGGGAAAUGUUGUUGAUUAUCACGACAUUGGGUACGGCAUGUAUUCUUCUACUGGAUCACGAAGGAGAAAAAAGAAAAUGUGUGAUAAUAUUUGCGAUGAUGUUUAUACCAUGUCAUAUAUAUCUGUUAAUUACAGUUAUCCCUCUUAUGUGGUUAUCUUUAUGGAAUUUUUUCUUGAUAUUGGCUAUCAAUGGCGGUUUACUGUUCACAGCCGCCUGGAUUUUACUACAGUUUGUAUCUUUUAGAAAGGAAGAACCCGUCUUUUGUCAGGUGGUAGAACAGAUGUUAUUUACAGCAUACCCUGCUUUCAGUGUGUUUUUAACAUGUUGGGUUUUAACCACGGUGGUGCCAUUAUCAGUUAUACCUCUUAUAGCUCUACUGUUAGGGUUUAUGAUGUUACAGGUAUUUCUAUCACCUGUCAUCUCAUCGUUUAAAUUAAAACCAGACGUCGAUGAAGAUAUGAAUGUAAUCCAACAACCAAUCGUUGUCGUCAUGAUAUUAAUAUUACUACUCUGUCCAUCAGUAGUUCAUAUUCUCUUCGCUCUAUUAGCUCCGUCAACACACAGUUUAUUUACCUCGAAAUCUAUGACAGAAUUAAUAUUUCUCAUAUCUUUAAGUCUGUUUCUAGUAACGUUACUCAGCAUCAGACAAAUUAUGGAAUAUUUAGGAAUUCCGUUUAGUUUAGUGAUCAAAGUUCGAUAUGCUGGAGGAACUGCGGCUUCAUUGCUUUGUUAUCCAGUCCUUCAAGCCUUUGGUUUAGUGUCACAUUUUUUAGCCUGGUUGCCUGUGGCUAUUGUUGGUUUUAGCAUCCUAGGCAUUGUUUUAUCCAUGAAGAAAUAUAAGGGUAUAGCUAUGGCAUUAAUGACAGCGCUAACAGUUUUACUGGUGUACUGGAUUUCAACGUUACCAUGGCAACUACAAUAUAAUUUUCUCGAGUAUAUACCAAUAGAUGUAUUUUAUUUAUUAAUGCUGGUGAAUUAUAUACUAUGUUUAUUGUGUAUGUACGUGGCUGUAUAUGGUAGUAAAGAAUUAUUAGGUCUCCUAGUCUCUGUGGAAUCUCUAGUGUUAAUGGUGUGUGAAGUAUGUUUACAAAAAUCUGAGUUAACUAGUUUACCUGUAAUAAGAGCGACAGGUAUAGCUGCUGUUUAUAUGUUACACAGGCUAUAUACUGCUGAUAAGCUGUCCCAAUGGUCAGCUUUAUUUGGUGCUAGUAUCCAUGUAACCAAGGUAUUUACUGGUGUAUUAAACCAAGUGGUGCCACAUCAAGAGGAGAUAACUCUAAUAUCCUGUAUACUCUUAUAUAGUCUGGUGUAUAUGAUAUUAAAGAUGUUUAUAUUUGAUCAAAGAAUCGACAUAACACAAACACAGACGUUAUCUGGUUUAUGUUUGUUGCUUUUAUCACUGGCUGUUAAUGGAAAACCUGUUUUAACUACAAUAGGUUAUUUAUUAUGGCAACAACAACCACCUCCAGUACUGAUAAUAGGUUUAUGGUUGUUAGUCGGAGGGUUGCUGGUUCUCGUGUUUACACAGUUUCACCCACAACCUGGCAUUGACACAGAUAUUAAAAAAGUUGGAAUAGUCAUGUUAUUCACAUCUAUGGUAGUCUUUUUUGUCCAGCCUGAUCUUGAGAUGUCAUUAUAUGGUUUAUUUCAAUGGUGUGAGUUGCUGACUAUAUUAAUACUAGCGGCCAUAUUGUUUAGUCAAUUAAUGUUGAGUAUGAAGUAUAGUAUCUUGGUAGCAUCAGUUCUCAGUGUUUGUCCUGGUAUAAGGUUAUCUUUAUUUUUUUAUGGAAGUCAUAUAAACAUUUUACCAUGUGUAUUAUACAUCACCAUAGUAACCAUUAUUAUCACGUUGCUCAUCUGUUACAUCAAAAUUGAUUCAUUCACAGAAUCUAUCGAAGAUAAUAUCAAAUAUUUAUGUCUGGUGAAGAUGUUGAGUUUAUUAAUUUUAUUAUUUGUUGAUUUUUAUACUCUACACAAGACUACGUCGUUCUUUUCACUACCAACAUGGAAGGCCAUGCUCAUGGCGUCUUUAUUCUGUAGCAUUAUAUUAAAAUUAUUGUCAUAUAAAAAGGUACCUGGUAAUUUACCUGUAAUUUGUAAACAUGAAGGAAAGUCUGUACCUGUUUUACCCAUUAUAGGUAAUAUCACCUGUUUCUCUACCUUUAUAUUACUAUGUUUACAAGGACCUGUUGAUGGUUUUCUUCAUGACAUGUGGUGUUGUGGUGCUUCGUUAAUAUUUUUCUGUCUACAAAGAGACGCAUAUUUUUUCCAAAAUUUACGAGAAUUUAACCAAGGAACUCCAACUAGCGUCGCAGCCAUUUCUGUGUUAGUCAUCGCAACUAUAUGGAGAGACUGGAUGUACGAGAGUAAUGCUGUUGCGCGAGACAUUUUACGAACUUUAGAAAUCGUGACAUUACCUUUUACACUUCCUGUUUACGUUGUAUUGUGGGUUAUUAUGUGGAGACAUGAAAUAUUAUCAGAAAAAGCUGUGGUGUUUUGCCUACCGUUAAAUUUAUUAUUAUUUUUGGCUGCUAGUUCGUAUACGGCGUGGAUUUUAUCAAUAACGGGAAUUAGUAUAGGUAUAUAUAUGAUGUGUUUUAAAUUACCCAUGAUACCCUAUUCCGAUCACGAUCAGUACAUCAAAUAGACAAUAUAUACAAUUCUACACCACGCUAAACUUAUCAAAACAACUAUUCCUGCAAACAAUGUGUACUAUCAUAUAGAGAGGGAGAGAGAGAAAUGGGGUUUAACGUCCACUCGACACAAACUAGGUCAUUUUGGGACCAACAGUGGAGAAAAUCCAUGAGGUUGGGACAGGCGACUCCUUGUCACGUACAACCAGGGAAUUAAAACCAUGCCAGUUGACUCAAUGACAGACCUAAUGAUACAGCACGCACACGCUAACCAUUUGAUUCAAUUUUAUUUCAAUAAUUCGCUUGCCUUGAGCAUUGGGAGGAAACUGGAGGACCCGGAGAAAAUACACGAGGUUUGGACAUGCGACCCUACUCCUUGUCACAUACAACUGGGAAUCAAAACCACGCCAGUUGACUCAAUGAUACAAUGUGCAUGCACUAACCAUUCGGCCAUCCAACCCUGUUAGAGGAAUUACAACUGUUAAAACUUGGAAUUUCAGCGGGUUGAAUUCCGUGCUCUGUGACAAAUGACCUCUUCUUUAUUUAUAUUCAAAAUUUGUCCAUGAGAAAUCAUGGACUUAAAUUCCUCUUUAUUAUAAAAGUAUUUAAUUGUGAAUGUGAUAACAGAAAAGAAUUUCAACAAAAGGAAAAUGUUCCAUCUAUAUUGAAUCUGAUCGUGUGUUAAUAGGUAGUAUCUGAAAUAUGAUUAAAGUGAAAGUAGAUCAAAAACAGUUUAAUUUAUCCUACUCAACCCAUGUGACAGAGAAUCGGGUUUAAUUUUCUUUCGGGACUAGCAUAUGAUUAAAGUGGAAGUAGAUCAAAAUAUUUUUAUGUCACUGUGUACAAACAGUUUAAUUUAUCCUACUCAACUGAUGUGACAGAGAAUCGGGUUUAAUGUUCUUUCGGGACUAACAUAUGGUUAAAUUGAAAGUAGAUCACAAGUAUUUUUAUGUCACUGCGUACAAACAGUUUCAUUUAUCCUACUCAACUGAUAUGACACUGACAGAGAAUUGGAACUAACAUAUGAAUAAAUGUUAUUUUAAUAAUUCACUUGUGUGUAAGGGUCUUUAGCUGUGGGAGGAAACCAAAGGACCCAGAGAAAACCCAUGAGGUUAGACAGGCGACCCUAUCUUAUGUUUACGUAACUUUGUAUGCACAUUCUUAAAUGGGCUCCUUGGCGCUCAUUUUCAUUAUGGUUUAAAUUUUGGAAAUAAAAAUAUUGAUUGUUUAUUACAAAUAA